AUGGCAGACUCACACAUCCCAUCCGUUCCUCCACCAUGGACCCUCAAAGGCGACAUCUACGCCUUUAUAUUCUGGACGUCUCCCUCACAAGCCAAAGAAGGUCUCCCUUCAAUUGCUUACUCUCCUCUUGAAGGCCAAUCCAGCUUUGCUAAAGAUCAGAAAGCUCUUGGAGGCCUGAGCAUGUUGCAGCUUAUUCGCUACACGGACUCUCCCGUUGGACCCUACGAUGAACUCAUUCUCGCGCCGGGGACUUUUGGGUAUGAGAAGGAGGAUGAGAAUGGGAGGAGAGUGAAAGGAAAAGGUGUCAAGAUUACGAGGAUCUACGUUUCUCAUAAACACACGUGCUACAACGGUAGAAAGAACUGGAACGUCCCCAAACACCUCGCCAAGUUCGACUGGACUGACAACUCAAACGGCUCUACAACUGUCAAAGUAUAUCCUCACGAUACAUUGCCCACAGACUCAGCUAGCUCUGAGUCAGCCUCACCAGAUCCCACGCCAUUCUUCCAAGCCACCUUCAAGCCUAUUCGCUAUGCGCCCUCAUUUCCCUUCCGAACUUCAUGGAUCAACUAUCUGGGCUUUGACACCACUUUGGUCUUCCCUCCUCUCCCUGAAGGCUCUGGGAGCCAGGGCGAGCUGCCUGGUACUGACCAGUGGUGCUCUGUCGUUCCGCAGCAGUCUACGUCCAAGUGUAUGUUGGGCUGGUUUGACGUUGAGCAGCAUCGCGAUGAGGAGGGCAAGUUGACGGGUGAGUUUGAGAACUUCUGGCCUGGUUGGUCCAAGUGGCAGAUUGGGAUCAAGAUGGAGAACUCUGUUAUCGAGUUUGAUCACCCAGAGGCUUGGGAGCCGCCCAGGACGAGACUAUAA